AGCCCCCACAUCUCACAUGGCUUUGCUUUCUCUCAAACCAAUUCCCUCAUUCCCACUAUCUCCAUAUAAAUACCUCUCCACCCCUCCAAUCUCCACACCAGAUCAUCACACACUUCUCUCAUCUCUCUCUCUCUCUCUCUCUCUCAACCAAGUAAAACUAUAUUCAAAGCUAGCAAGCAAGCAAAUUUAACACAAGUUUACAAAGCACUUCACCCAAAACACAGAGAACAUGGCAAUCAGCAAGAAGUCAAACAAGCUUACUCAAACAGCAGCUCUCAAGCAGAUUCUGAAAAGAUGCUCAAGUUUUGGGAAGAAAAAUGGUUACAACAAUGAAGGUGGUCUUCCUGAAGAUGUGCCAAAGGGGCAUUUUGCUGUGUAUGUUGGUGAAAACAGAAGCAGAUACAUUAUCCCAAUUUCAUGGUUGGGCCAUCCAGAGUUUCAAACUCUGCUCCAAAGGGCAGAGGAGGAGUUUGGGUUUAACCAUGACAUGGGCUUGACUAUUCCUUGCGAAGAAGUCGUUUUUCGCUCUCUGAUGCAUCAAAUAUAUUGAUUUCAUUGAUUGAUCAUGAAGAAAGGAGGGCUUAUUGUUUUUGGUGUCUGCAGCAAAUAUUUGCAAGAGAGAUGAAGCUAAUUGCUUGGCUGGCUACCUGCUUCAUUCAUUCUUAGACGUCCUUGAUUAAUUUGUAUUAUAAUUGGUGGCUCUGACCUUAAUUUAUUAACUUUUUUUAGUGAUUAUUGUUUAUUGAUGCAUAUGAUCAUGUAAGCAGUUUUUCUUCAGUGGUGGUUACA